GGCUCUAAGGCUCCGUCCUCUCCUCUGGAUGCUCGAAAUAAAACCAUGCCGCAGCCAAAAUCCCGGAAAAUCGCUGUGUUAGGCUAUAGGUCGGUGGGGAAGUCUUCUCUCACUAUCCAGUUUGUGGAGGGUCAGUUUGUCGACUCCUACGACCCCACCAUAGAAAACACAUUUACCAAGAUGAUGAUUGUGAACGGUCAGGAGUACAACCUACAGCUGGUCGACACGGCUGGUCAGGAUGAGUACUCCAUCUUCCCUCAGAGUUACACCAUUGACGUUGAUGGUUACAUCCUCAUCUACUCUGUAACAUCAUACAAAAGUUUUGAGGUGGUUAGAGUGAUCCACGAGAAGCUGCUGGACAUGGUGGGAAACGUCCAAGUACCGAUUAUUUUAGUUGGAAACAAGAAAGACUUGCACAUGGAAAGAGUGAUCAGCUCUGAGGAGGGAAAAGCCCUGGCAGAGUCGUGGAACGCCGCCUUCCUUGAGUCUUCAGCCAAAGAAAACCAGACAGCGGUGGAGGUGUUCAGAAGGAUGAUCCUAGAGGUGGAGAAGAUGGAGGCGGGUCAGCCUCAGGGUCGGACUGCUUGUUCCAUGAUGUAGCGCCCCCACCAUUUGCCCCGCCCUCUACCGCCAAACAAUCACUGGAGAGUCUGAUAUGCUCCUCAGGUCACACAAGACUCUGUUCAGAAACCUGAAGAUUUAAUAUUGGCCUGUUAAAACACAUAAUCCUGACAUUUGUCUCUCCACACAGAAAAAAACAGACGAGCACUUUUUGUUAGAGCUGCACAACGGACGCACCUCAGGAUCUCAGAAAAACAUCUGCUGGAAACUCAGAGCUGAUGCUUCCAAACUGAUCUGCGAGCUGAAGAUUUACAGAACUAGUUGAUCAGUGAAAAUACACUCAAGUUGUUGUUGAUAGAUACAAACAAAAAGAUUUUAUUGUUAUAGAUGCAUUAAUUUUGUGUAACUGUUAAGCUAUGUUUCCUGUUAGACCCUGAGAAUUUGCACAAAUCUACUUUCCCAAAGUUUUUGUAGAAUUUACAAAGAAAACUUGGAAUAAGCAGAUUUUUAAGAGGAGUUUGGUAUGAUGUUAGCUUUAGAUAAAAGAAUGAGCUGGGCUUGAACUUGUGUUGGGCUUAUUGGUGGAACUGAUGAGCAGAACGUAGUAAGAUGCCAACUGAAAAUGGCAGAAGUGGUCUGUGGAUAAAACAUAGUUAAGGUCACAUUUUAGGUUACUGAGGGUUUAAGAGACGAUUCCUACAUCUGAAUUUAUGUACUUCUAUUUAGUUUUACCCAUUUGACAUGUUUUAUGUGGAUUUUCUUCAAAGUGAGGAGCAACAUUUAGCAUAGAACUGGUCCAGGAGUCCAGAGUCAGUCUGAGUUUGGUGUGUUAGCAAAGGAGGUGUUUUAUUAAGAGAUGUCCCAGUUCUGAUAGCAUCUAGUAGCUCAUUCAGCCAUCAACGAACAACAAAUGAGAACCAUUUGGACCGAGAUUAAGAGAUCCAGAAGAUGCACCUGAGAGGAACACAGUGUUCCAGAAGGAUCAGAAGUCUGUACAGCCCCAUUUCCAACAACAUGACGAGUUGGUACGCAUUGUUUUUGUGGUUCCACAGGCAAAAAUUGCCAGAAUAUCUGACCAUCCGUCUUUUUUAGGACACUUUCAUUGGGGUCCCAAAUUUACUGAUCUGAUCCAAAAAGACGGAAGUCCGCCAUUGUCCUCCUUUGUUUCUGUGUCACAUUCUUCUUCAUUAUAAUUCAAGGAAUUCAAGGAAUUAUAAUGAAGCGCCGCACCACUAUGACCUUAUGGUAUAACGUAGCUAAUGCAUCUAUCGCUAUCCAGCCAAUAGGGUGGCUACAAGAUAAGGCUGUAGAAAUGCAACAGAGAUCUGGAUUUACUGUAAAAACCAUCCUGUAACGACCUGAACCCACUGGUAGAAAUGGGGCUUAAGAACUCUCUCUACAGACUGGAAUUUGAUUUAGGCAGCCAUAGACAGCCUGUGGAGGUCAGUAAUGGGUGGAAGGUCAUGUGACAAUUUUGGUUAAUGGAACAGCAGGCACUCUGCUGAGUUCUGGAUCAUGGGUAGAGGUUUUACCAGGAGAGGUAACCAUGGUCCAUACUAGAAACUGGAGACAAAAUGAGUCAGAUACAAGCUGAUUUUGUCAUGUUAAACAGAGAAAUAGUCACAUGUGAAAAAGACACACACCUAGAAAUAUUUAUAUCUAUAAAACCACUUGUGUAAGAUUCUUUUUUUUUUCUCUUUAAACCUCAGUGAAUAUGAAAUUGAGAACAGUGACCCACACUGGUUCAAAACUUCGCCUUGAACUUUAAUGAAAACUGCAAAACUCACACAUUUCCACACUGACUGAACAAUUUUGGCUCUGUUUUAUUGUUUUAUUAAGUCUUAUUUAUCUUUCUGCUUGGUGGCAUGGUUCGGUCAGACCUCUGUACUGAGAAAAACUCACUGAACCAAAUAGUGAGAUGAUUCAGUCAUCGACUGGUGAGUCACAGUCUUGUCCAGCCUCUCUGUACACUAAACAGGUAGAAAGGAUGGCUUUAAUCAAUUCUUAAUAACGACUCCCAUCCUCUAUGGGGUGAAUUUCAGCUUCUUCCCUUUGGACACGUUUGUAGUCCCAAGGUGCAGGACAAAGUGUUAUAAAGCUUUGUUCCUAUUGGCGUCACCGAGCUCAAGAAGAAGUAGUGACAUUUGCACUUUAUUUUAUUUUAUUCUAUUUAUUUUAUUUUUUAGCCCUGAUUUUUACAUUCUAUGUUCUUAUCCUGGUUUUUAUACCAGAAAUUGCUUUUGUUUCUCUAAGAUUUUCUAUUGUUUAAUUGUUUUUAUUUAUUUUUAUCUAUCUUGAUCUUAUUUAUUUUAUUUUAUCUUUGUACUUGUCCUUGCUGCAUGGUGAAUGGCAAAACACUGAGCACUUCUUUGGUUUGUUUUUAUUUUUUGAUGUUACUCAAUCAAAUACCUGUCUGUCAGGUUCAGUGUGUGUUUAGUUAUGGAAUGCCAAAUGCUAUCAUUGUUUCUGCAAAACAAAUCUACCCACGGGUAUUAAUAAAGAAACCUUCAACCAUGAACCAUGAGCCAGGCACACUUGCUGUCCAGUCAGGAAGGAGCUGAGAGUCCUGCUGAGGCCACGUGGUCACGGUUGGCUAUGAUCUGCGUAGCGGCGACAUGAGAAGCCAUGAGAGACGACUGGACUAAGGGAGAUGGAUGAGAAGGUGUCCUAUUACUGCACCUUGAGGUGUCCCACUGUACAGGAGAUGUUUGUUCUGUCCACAUUUCUGACUGGUUUUUGGUUGUCCUUGUCAUUCUGUGCACAUAUUUUAUUAGCUCUCUGUCAUUGAGUUUUUCCAUGUUAUGCACAGAAGUAAUAAUAGUCAUCUCAUCAUGAUUCUUGUUUCUUCUAAAGGUUGUUGGAAUUGGCAGCAUGCAUAUCUUUAUAUUCUAACACCUUUUACACCUUUUUCUCUGCUCCACCAGAUAACCACAAUCUGGGAGUGAAUUUUUUUUUUGUGCACUCAAUGUAAAGAAAUGCGGCCUUGAAUUUAUUCCCCUAUACGGACACUAAGGGCCUAUACAGAAACCAGUGCAUGCACAAAAAGACAUUCAAUCUUGGGUUUUGAUAAAUGUAGAAGUUGACUUUUUUUGUGUGUGGGGAAGCUGCUACCAGAAUCCUCCCUGCUCUUUUACAAGGUUUUUAUAUGUUGAAAGAAACUAUUUCUGUUUUUAUGACUCUUCUCAAUAAA